GGUUGCUCUGUAGGGUGCCCGGCCCAACUGUCAGUCAAUUAGCCCGGUUGUGCGACGGGGUGGUGGCCUGGCUGCCUUUUUCCCUGAGGGAGAGGAGCAGCCUUUUUCCUGAGGGAAAAGCGAGCGCCGAGCGAGGAAAAAGAGGCAAUCAGGCGCCCUCCUUUUCUCCGAGCGAGGAGCCCUUUCCGCCAUUAGGGGUGACAGGCAGGCAGGCAGGUUCACCCUGAAUGCCGUUGGGAGCAGGAUGGAUGGCCCCGCCCUUCUCCCCAAUUGAGAUUGACAGGCGGCACUGCCCCGCCCCUAUUCCGAGGUAGGAGACCCCAUUUCUUUUACAGAUUUCUCAUUGGAGAAGAUAGAUAGAUAGAGACCCCCUUGAGAGAGGCUCGCCCUUCUCUGAGGAAGGGAAUCGUUUGGGGAUCCCCCUCCUCUCUCCUCUCUCCUCUCUCCUCUCUCCUCUCAAGAUGUUGAUCCUGCCGCUGGCUCUGCUGCUUUCUCCGUGGCGGCUGUAGCCCGGGCUCCCCGCGAAGAGAGGGCCCUCGAGGGCGAGCCAUGGAUCGCCGCGGGGAGGCUCCCCUCCAGCUCCAGCAAAACCUGGACUUCACCGUCGAAAAUGUGGAAAAGGCGCUCCAUCAGUUGUAUUAUGAUCCCAACAUUGAAAACAAGAACCUGGCUCAGAAAUGGCUGAUGCAAGCCCAGGUAUCACCACAAGCCUGGCACUUCAGUUGGCUGCUUCUAGAGAUGGACAAGGUGCCUGAGAUCCAGUACUUUGGGGCCAGUGCCCUCCACAUCAAGAUUUCACGAUACUGGAAUGACAUCCCUACUGAUCAAUAUGAGAGCCUCAAGUCACAGCUCUUCAGCCACAUCACCCGUUUUGCUAGUGGUUCCAAGAUUGUGCUGACUCGACUUUGUGUGGCCCUUGCUUCAUUGGCUCUAAACAUGAUGCCAGAGGCCUGGCCAUGUGCUGUUGCCGACAUGGUACGCAUGUUCCAGGCAGAGGACUCUAACGUUGAUGGGCGAGCACGCUGCCUUGCUCUCCUGGAACUACUAACUGUCCUGCCUGAAGAGUUCCAAACCAGCCGUCUACCGCAGUACCGUAAAGGGCAGGUCCGUAGUGUCUUGGCACAGGAAUGCAGUUCUGUAUUCCCCCUACUAGAGCAAUUACUCCAACAACAAGACUCUCCCAGCUUCAUUAAACAGAAGGUGUUGAAGUGCUUCUCUAGCUGGGUACAGCUGGAGAUACCACUGAUGGAGUGUGAAAGCUUGAUUCAGGCUGCCUUUACCUCCUUGCAUGAUCCAGAACUCUUUGACACUGCUGUGGAGGCCAUAGUCAAUGCAAUUUCCCAGCCUGAUGCUCAGAGGUAUGUGAAUACUCUUCUGAAGCUCAUCCCGCCUGUGCUGGGGCUACAGGAACAACUACGUCAAGCUGUCCAAAGCAGAGAUAUGGAAACAUCUCAUGGCAUCUGCCGUAUUGCUGUGGCCCUAGGAGAGAAUCAUUCCCGAGCUCUCCUAGAUCAAGUGGACCACUGGCAGAGUUUUCUAGCGCUCGUCAAUAUGAUAAUGUUCUGCACUGGAAUCCCAGGACACUAUCCUGUUAACGAGACUACAAGCUCCCUUACGCUUACAUUCUGGUACACAUUACAGGAUGACAUCCUAUCUUUUGAUCCAGAAAAGCAGGCCAUGUACCAGCAGGUAUAUCGUCCUGUUUAUUUCCAGCUGGUGGAUGUGCUCCUGCACAAAGCUCAGUUUCCUUCUGAUGAGGAGUACAGCUGCUGGUCCUCUGAUGAAAAGGAGCAGUUCCGGAUAUAUCGAGUGGAUAUCUCAGACACUUUGAUGUAUGUGUAUGAAAUGCUGGGAGCAGAGCUGCUGAGCAGCUUAUAUGACAAACUGGGUCGCCUUCUGACCAAUACAGAGCAACCAUCUUCUUGGCAGCACACAGAGGCUUUGCUUUAUGGGUUCCAAUCCAUCGCGGAGACUAUAGAUGUCAACUACUCAGAUGUGGUGCCUGGUCUCAUUGGGCUCAUCCCUCACAUCAGCAUCAGCAAUGUGCAGCUUGCCGAUACAGUCAUGUUUACUAUUGGGGCCCUUUCAGAAUGGCUGGCUGACCAUCCUGUCAUGAUCAAUAAUGUCCUGCCCCUGGUGUUGCAAGCUCUGGGCAAUCCGGAGUUAUCUAUCUCAAGUGUCUCCACCCUUAAGAAGAUCUGCCGUGAAUGCAAAUAUGACUUGCCUCCCUAUGCUGCCAACAUUGUUGCUGUAUCUCAGGAUGUGCUAAUGAAACAGAUUCACAAGACAAGUCAGUGCAUGUGGUUGAUGCAAGCUCUGGGUUUCCUGCUGUCUGCCCUCCAAGUGGAGGAGAUCUUGAAGAACCUGCAUUCACUCAUUACUCCUUACAUCCAGCAACUGGAGAAACUAGCUGAUGAAACACCAAAUCCUUCCAACAAGCUGGCUAUCAUCCACAUCCUGGGCCUUCUCUCCAAUCUCUUCACCACACUAGACAUCAGCCACCAUGAUGAUGAUCAUGAAAGCACAGAGGUCAAGAAGCUGCCGGUGCCACAGGGUCCCAAUCCAGUAGUGGUGGUGCUGCAGCAAGUCUUCCAGCUCAUCCAGAAAGUCCUCAGCAAGUGGUUGAAUGAUGCGCAGGUUGUAGAGUCUGUGUGCUCCAUUUUUGAGAAGUCUGUGAAGACCCUCCUGGAUGAUUUUGCACCUAUGGUGCCUCAGCUAUGUGAGAUGUUGGGCCAGAUGUACAGCACUAUUCCUCAAGCAUCUGCCAUUGAUCUCACCCGGCAACUGGUUCACAUCUUUGCCCAUGAGCCUGCCCACUUCCCGCCCAUCAAGGCGCUCUUUCUGGUCAUCACAUCAGUUACACUAACCCUCUUUCAGCAAGGGCCCAGGGAUCAUCCUGAUAUUGUUGAUUCAUUUAUGCAACUCCUGGCACAGGCACUCAAACGGAAACCAGACUUGUUCCUGUGUAGCAGCCUGGAUGUCAAAGCAGUUUUCCACUGUGGUGUGAUCUCUCUGAAGUUCCCUGAGGCCCCAACAGUCAAAGCUGCCUGUGGCUUUUUUACCGAGUUGUUGCCACGCUGUGGGGAGAUUCCACCUGUGGGACAAGUCGUACAUGAGAAUGGCAAAAUGUUGUUGCAAGCUGUCCUUGAGGGUGUAGGAGGCCAAGCUUCACGGAAUUUGAUGGAUCACUUUGCUGAGAUUCUCUUUGCCCUCAACAAGCAUUGCUUCAGCUACUUGAGUGUGUGGAUCAAGGAAGUGAUGCAACAAGAUGGUUUUCCAUCAGCUCGUGUUAGCCCCGAGCAGAAGGAGAUCUUCAGCCAGCAAAUUCUUAGAGAACGUGUGAACAAACGACGUGUGAAGGAGAUGGUUAAGGAGUUUACACUUCUUUGUCGGGGACUGCAUGGUACUGAAUACACAGCAGACUAUUGACAGGGCUAUGAAGCAAAAAACUGUAGCAUGAACAGGUCUGAUGACUACCUGUCUCUGCCCUAUGCUGCUACUGAACCAGGACAAUAACUCUUCAACUAACCUACUGAGGUUGCUCCUAUCCAGGUGGGCUGCUUGUCCAUCCCUCCUGCAUGUUCAGAGGCAGCAGGCUGCAAGGACUUGGAGCAGAAGCUGGAGCCGAGGACAGCCCCUCCCUAUGCUGGGCUGGUGCAAUGACUAGCCCUUGCCUCUCUGGCACACUCCUGUAGACAAAUGUGUGGUAUUAUCUGUUCCUAAAGAGCCUGCCCUUGCCCUGCAUGUGGCAGCUUGUGUUUGAUGGAAGUGAAAGGCCCUACAGCCUUGAAUUAUAUGAAGACUGUUUCUAAGUUGUGAUCUUCAGUGAAUUGUGAAAGGUGGGGUGGAUUGAUGGAGGAGAGCUAAAGUGUUGGCACUGGCAAUUAUACUUUCAUUUGCCCUAACCAAAGUGGGUAAUAAACAACUAUCUAUCACUUCCAAAAGAAAUCCAGAUUCUGCAGUAAGGUAGAAGGAGCAUUUUCUAUGAAACAAGUGUUUUGCUCAUUCUUGGCAUUCUUUAGAGGAGAUGCUUCUAUUAUCUACUUCACAAUUGCUUUUGUUAAUCUAGAGGAACAUCCUGGAAAUCUCAUAUGUAACUUGUCCCUUCAAAGCUGUAAAGAAGUGAACAAUAGCUACUAAGCUCAAUGUGAAAGAUGAAAAAGUCCUGAUGCCUUUUCUUCCUGAGGCUUAACAUGCCAUAACAGAUGUGAGGAUAUGAUGGCUGUUGUGGUUGAGAUGGGGCCAGGAGGAACUAGGAAGAGGAAGAAAUUAUUCUCAUAUCGAAACGGUUAAUGUCACAGGAUUGGAGGCUGAUGGAGUGGAGCCAUUCUGCAAUUCAUAUCCACUGACUGCAGGUGCAGUCUCUCUCUCUCUUCAGUCUCUGGAUGUACAGGGUGUUUGAAAAAGAACUCCCUAGUUUUAAGUAUAAUUACAUUAAAACUAGGGAGUUCUUUUUCAAACACCCUGUAUUUACUUAGCUUCCAUAAAAGUAGUAGCUCAAGCUAACUACUUUACUUUUCCAUUUCCCUGACUCUUGCAUAAAACCUUAGUGCGAGGUGAACUCUUAAUGUAUUUCUGCUUAAUGAAAACAAACAAAAUUCAUCAUCAUGCUAUUUGAAAAACAACCUUUAGAUAUCAACCUGGCGAGAUCACGGAGGCUGAAAUAAACAUGAUCUGGAGUUUA